GUCGCCGCGACUCGUUCGGUUUCGUUGCACGUUUUAUAUUUAAAACGAGGUCACGAUCAAUGACAUCGCGGUCUCCACGUAUAUUUACGGGUCUUACGACAUGAUUACCUCAUAGAAUCUACCUAUUAUUAGCAGAUACGUCAGCUUUACAUAGCAUCAAAACGAUAGUGAACUCAGUGCCGCGGAACACAACGAACGUUUGAAAUGGCAAAUUUCAAAGCAUUGAUCUUCUAUCUCAUCGCACAAUUCGCCGUCGGACAAAGCUACAAAAUACUCGGCAUAUUUCCUUCCCUCGAUCGGAACAACUACCUCACGUAUAAAGGACUAUUCCACGAACUGGCGAAUCGGAAUCACGAUGUAACUCUCAUAAGCCACUUCCAAAUGACGGAGGCGCCCGAAACGUACAGAGAUAUCUUGCUAAGUGACAAACUAGUGUACAAGGGCUUAUCGUUUGAAUCCGUAAUAGUGAAUGAAGUUUCGCGUGUGCCGUUCGAGACUUUAGUGUCAACAAAAGCCGGGAAUGACGACUGCAAAACGCUUAUGAAUAAUAAUCAGGUGCUUCACAUGAUAAGGACUCGACCUCGGUACGACGUGAUAAUUGUGGAAUCGUACAACAGUGAUUGCGCUCUCGCUCUAGCGGCUAAUUUGAGUGCACCAUACAUCGCUUUUAAUCCACAGCCAAUACAUCCCUGGCAUUUUAAUAGACUGGGAAUCAAUUUUAAUUCAGCCCACAUACCGCAGUCGAUACUAUCGUAUGGAAGACAGCCGUGGUUUUUCGACCGUUUGAAGAGUUAUAUUUUAUACUAUGUUUCUCAAUGGGUUUAUUACAUUGGGUCUCAAGUUACUGAUCAUGUAUAUCUGUACAAGUUCUUGGGCGAUGACCUACCGACGUUGGAAAGCAUCGCUUCGAAUGCGAGCCUCGUGUUUGUAAACACACAUCAGUCAGUAUUUGGCGGAGUGGCCAGGUCAGACAAUGUGGUAGAUGUUGGUGGUAUACACAUUAGACCACCUAAGAUUAUACCCACGGAAAUUGAGAGGUUCAUAAAUGAAGCGGAAUUUGGAGUGAUUUAUGUUAACUUAGGCUCAACCGUAAAGGACUCGACGCUUCCAAAGGACAAAUUAAACGAGCUACUUUUAACAUUCGCUAAAUUGCCACUCAGAGUCCUCUGGAAAUGGGAUGGAGGAAAUGUGGAGAAUCUGCCAAGAAAUGUUAUGAGUAUGAGAUGGCUGCCUCAAUAUGAUAUCUUAAAGCACGAAAACGUCAAAGCAUUUAUAUCUCAUGCUGGUAUAUUGAGCACAAUUGAAGCUAUAGACGCCGGUAUACCAGUUAUAGCGAUUCCACUGUUCGGCGAUCAAUACGGCAACGCUGCAGUAUUGACCGAUGCUGGGAUGGCCACAAUUGUUUCCUACCAGGACUUAAAAAAAGAAUAUCUCUUAGACGCUAUAAAUGAUGUAUUGGACGAAAAGUAUAAAAAUCAUGCGAAAUUCAUGUCGAGAGUUUGGCAUGACCGACCGAUGGCGCCUUUAGAAAACGCCAUCUAUUGGACCGAGUAUGUAGCAAGAUAUCGUGGUGCUCCCAACCUAGUAGCGACAUCUACCUUAAUACCGUGGUACCAGCAGUUGCAACUGGACGUGUUAGCGUUUGUUGGUAUCGUACUUUACAUAUUAGUGCGCGUGUUGUGCAAAAUAAUAAGUGCAAUUUGCUGUUGCUGUUGCAAAACGGAAGAUGUCAGACCUAUCGAUAUGGCUGAACAAGAGACACGAUCAAAAAGAGUAAAAUUUGAGUAGCUGUUGAAGCUAGGUUUUGUAAAAUUACCUUACGGUACUUAAAUGACUGUUAUUUCUUAAUUAUUGUGUUAGUGAGUACUUGAUAUAAUUGUUUAUGACGAGAGUUGUUAUUUAUUUUGUGUUAUAAAAGUUCUUAAGCUCCAACUAAAUAGCUAAGCA